AUGCGUUCUACAAAGAACGCUUUCCUAAGAAUCCUCAAUCCACCCACAAACAGGUCCUCUUUCGCUAAAAUGCCUCCAGAUGAGUCGCAAUACAUCCCGAAAAACAUCCCUGGCUCGAUGGAGUCGCCAUUGCACCGCCUCGAACAAGAAGUAGGCAAAGACCUAAGAUCGGAAAACCAUCAAUAUAAGCGACCCUCGGAUACAGCCUCGAUAUACUCGUUCGAAUCGGUUUCAACGUCAGGCCGCUUACUUGACCGUCUUGACUUGGAUUCUGAGGAUUUUGACGAGGAUUUUUUAAGAAGAAGAGAGUCCUAUGUGCUGUUGCAAUCGACAGGCAGACUAUUAGACCGUCUAGGCUUGGAGGACGAUGCAGAAGAUGCUUCACUGCCCCUGCUGCUUUCACUGGCCGGCUUGCCAGCAGGCUUUGAUCCACGUCUCAAACCUGUCAGGGCAUCUUCAGCAAUCAGUCUAAGUAGAAUGCAAAGUCAGUCCCAAAGGCCCCCCGUUAGAUCGCUCAGUUCCAAAAACAGUUCCUAUGGACGUCUACCUUUGCAUAGUGUGGGCACAGCACCAUUCAAACAGCACAUCGAAAAACCAGGGGCCUCAGUUGACUCUUUCCACGCCGAUAUGAAUUCUUCCCGCAAUAAUCUGACAACUAAUGCAAGGCUAGUGAACUCCCCACAAUCCCAUUCUGCCACGUCAUUUGAUUCGAUACAAAUGCCUGGAAGUUUCCCUGAUGAUCAUCAUGAGCGAAAACUGCCUGCCAUUGAUGCAGAAAGGUCUCCCAAAGAGUUUUCGUCGGCGCCAUUGCCCAAGAUCCCGUCUCCAAAACUGUCUCCUCAACAGCCCAAUAUGGGCUUUAGACAGGCUUUUAAUUCAUCACAGACCUCCCUAAAAUCGAUUGAAGUCCCUAUCUUCAACCCUAAUACUAAAUUUGACCCCGUUUUAGAAUCCAUGGUCAAGCAGGCCCUUCUGCUUCGGAAUCAAAACGAUAGAGAGGCAUCCUACAAGCUCCAAAUCGCAGGCAAUAUUCCCAACAACUAUCCGAAAGCUAUGCAUCUCUACGCUAUAGCUCUUUCGUAUGGUUUGGGUGUCAAGAAAAAUGACGCUCUGUGUGUCAAAUGGCUAUGUCGAUGCAUUCUAGUGUCACAGGUUGUUGAAACCAACCCUGUCGAUAUUCCCUCACUUAACAACUAUAUUCAACGACUUAAUGAACUCCAACCGCAAGAUUUGGUCAAGAUGGUUGCCAAAAGCUGUAACGAACCCAUUGACCCAUUUGAUUUGUACGACACCUUCCUGAGAGUGAACCAGGCUGUCAUAUCUAAAAUCAAUGCCCUCAAUAACAAGGACAAUAAUACCGUUGGAGGAGCUUAUCAUCGUUUGGGAGAGGCCGCUUUACAAGGAGCAGGUCUCCCGGCUAAAGAUACUUCGAUGGCUAUGCAAUUUUGGGCUAAAGCGGCUUCUUUGGGUUAUUCCUUGUCAAUGGUUAAGCUUGGUGAACUUUGGAGUACCAAGUCGAAGCACCACAAAAAAGAUGUACAUAAAGCAGCUGCAUGGCUACGUCUAGCUGAGCUUUUUGGACAAAAAGAUAUCGGCAAUAGCUGGAUCUACAAGUCCAAGUAUAUGGUCAGGCCUAAGAAAUGA